AAAUAUCAGACAUUGCUACAGAUAGUAGUAUUGUUUUAGAUUCAUUGUAUUUCUUUACAUUUAAGCGUAACCAUCAUGGAGAAGAAAUAAUAGAUCAUGAACUUGUUGCAAUUAUCAAAAUGGCAGAAAAAAAGUCUUUUACAAAACAAGAAUAUGAAGAACAUUUCAAUACAGUUUCAAAGAUGAACAAACUGGCAAAAAUACAAUAUUUUACUGAUCAACAAUUACAAAUUAUUGUUGAAAAUACAAAUAAAUAUGAGCAAUUAAAAGGUCUUGAAGGUGGUCAAGCUUGGGAUCUAUUGACUUUUAAGGAAUUAAAAAUUUGGAUUGUGUUAGUUAUUUAUAUAAGGGUUUAUAAAGUCUAUAUAGUAAAAGAUUUAUGA